UUCGCAAAGUUACAUAUAUAAAGUGAGCGGCGCGGCGUCGACCGGCAGUGAGCGCGAGUCAGUGGUCAGGGUUAGUUAUUUACUGCGAAAGCCCGGUUGGCCCAUACAUUAUUCAGUGUCGGUUUAAUAAGUUAAGUGUUCCUUUCCAGCGAAAAAAGCAUUAGUUGACGCAAUGGAAGCUAAGGAGUUCAAGGAAUUCUCGUCCGCGAUGACCAACUACAUCGCCGAAUAUUUAGAGAACAUACGCGACAGACAAGUGGUGCCAUCAGUGAAGCCUGGCUACCUGCGUCCACUGGUGCCGGAGCAGGCGCCUGAGAAGCCCGAACCCUGGACGGCUGUCAUGGAUGACAUCGAGCGCGUGAUCAUGUCCGGGGUCACACACUGGCACUCCCCGCGCUUCCACGCUUACUUCCCUACCGCUAACUCGUACCCAUCCAUCGUAGCUGAUAUGCUUAGCGGAGCUAUUGCGUGCAUCGGAUUUACUUGGAUUGCUAGUCCCGCUUGCACUGAACUGGAAGUAGUGAUGUUGGAUUGGCUGGGUCAGAUGAUUGGACUCCCCGAAGAGUUCCUAGCGCGCUCUGGCGGCGAAGCAGGCGGCGUGAUCCAAGGCACGGCCAGUGAAGCUACUCUGGUCGCGCUUCUUGGAGCGAAGUCCCGUACCAUGCAUAGAUUGAAGGAGCAACACCCUGAAUGGACAGAAGUUGAAAUUCUUUCCAAACUUGUGGGAUAUUGUAACAAGCAAGCCCAUUCGUCUGUAGAGCGCGCUGGUCUUCUGGGUGGAGUGAAACUUCGCAGUUUAGCGCCCGACAAUAAGCGACGUCUACGUGGGGACACCCUAAAGGAGGCUAUAGAAGAGGAUACUCGUAAUGGACUUAUACCUUUUUAUGUCGUGGCGACACUAGGAACGACUUCUUCUUGCGCUUUCGACGCAUUAGAUGAGAUCGGUAAUGUUUGCAAAGAAAAAGACAUUUGGUUGCAUGUUGAUGCCGCUUACGCUGGUUCAGCCUUCAUUUGCCCGGAAUACCGUUAUCUGAUGAAGGGCGUGGAGAAGGCGGAUUCCUUCAAUUUCAACCCACACAAAUGGAUGCUGGUCAAUUUCGACUGUUCCGCUAUGUGGCUCAAGCAACCCAGAUGGAUAGUAGAUGCUUUUAGCGUCGACCCGCUCUACUUGAAACACGAUCAGCAAGGCUCUGCCCCCGACUACCGCCACUGGCAAAUCCCACUCGGCCGUCGUUUCCGCUCUCUGAAAUUGUGGUUCGUCUUGAGGCUGUACGGCGUAGAGAAUCUCCAAAAACAUAUUCGUAAACACAUCGCCCUAGCUCACCUUUACGAAAAACUUUGUCUUGAAGAUGAUCGAUUUGAACUGUAUGAAGAAGUCACUAUGGGACUAGUUUGCUUCAGACUGAAAGGAAGCAACGACAUUAACGAGGCUCUACUGAGGCGUAUUAAUGGACGCGGCAAGAUUCAUCUCGUGCCGUCGAAGAUCGACGACGUUUAUUUCCUGCGACUCGCGAUCUGUUCGCGUUACUCCGAAGAAAACGACAUCCGUGAAUCAUGGGCCGAAGUAAAGGCUUCGGCUAACGAAGUCUUAGCUGGAAAUUAAAUUUUAAGACCCAAAUACCUCUCUUCUUUAUGCAAUAUAUUAAUAAAGGUUAAGGUUGAUGUCUGCGUAACUAAAUAUUUAUAGGUAGGUACCAUUGAUCUCCUAUUAAAAAGUGGAUGCACAAUCAGCGACUAAAAAACGUCCCCACUCUAUGAGUGUCAAACACAACUUCUUGGAACUCAAUUCAAGUAGUCGCAUUUGCAAAUUCAAACUCAAUCCUUAAGGUUGAAUUUGCUCUGAAUUUGGGUUUUUUUGAACAUUGGACUAUAUUUAUCGGCCUUUCGGUAUAAUAAAUAAAAUAAAAAAUUCUUUGCCAAUAAUUCUAAAUUCUUAAACUGCCAAAGCAGUAUCUAUUGGCCAGUUUUUACGUGACAUUUUCUACAUGAUUAUUGAGUGCAUCCUUUUACUUUAUGAGGUCAAUGGUAGGUGCCUAUACUUAUUAUUAUUAUUGAUGUUCAUUGGAAAAUGUUACAUAUUUUAGUACAAUAUUCGGAUAAUGGAAUAGAUGAGAUGAAAUAUUAAUUAUAUAUUGUUCUAUAAAAAAUAGAAUUAUGACCAAUUUAAAAAUUAUACAAUUUGCAAUCUUUAUGUACUUUUGACUUGGAUUUGUAAAACUUCUUUUUUCUCAGAAUCUCUUUUUUAAGGAUACCGUUUCAGUAUGCAAUUUUUUAAUGCAAUUUUGUAUUUUAUAAAUUAAAAUUUAUAUUUUUCAUUUUAUCGAUAUGCCUACAGCCCUACAUAUUUAUAUGUAGGGCUGUAGGCAUAUACCUAUUGUUUUUAUGUUCCUACAUAAUAAGAUGUUGAACUGUGAUGUUAUAAAUUAUUUAUUGCCAUGUUGCAGUAGAUAUACGUUAAAAUAAUUAUUUAUCAAUGUGUGUAUCCACUUAACUUAAAAUAUUAUAUGAAAUAUAUGGAGAUAAUGAUCAUUUAAA